UUACACUCGUAUGGUGCUGUCCUUGAUUUAAAAUGGUGUCCUUCAGGAGGUUUCAUGCAGGCGGUAUGAACAUGACCUAAAGAGAGCAUCUUGCUCUCUUCAAGACUAUAAUAACUUUGCAAUUCAUUCAUCUAAUAUCUUCUAAAAUAUGUUGUAUAGGAAUCCGCAUCAGGGCAUUUGACAAGAUUAGGUAUUUUAGCCGCUACAUUCAGCGACGGUUCUAUUCGGAUCUUUAGCGUACCAGACCCGAAAGCCUACGCCAUCACCUUAAGGUCGCAACGGCAAAUGGCUCGCUGCCGGAGACUUUAUAUACUGGGGGCAUCGGAACGACUAGCUGCAAGUGCAACUAACGGAACUGUCGCAAUCUGGGAUAUGAAAUCUAUGCUUGUUCAAUCAAUCGAAGAUCUUGCUAGCAAAGAUUCUGAGUAUCUUGAUCCAAUAUACCUACUUCAAGUGCAUGAUGUCUGUGUACGUUGUGUUGACUGGCUCAGGUCUAGUGAUCCUGCAGUUGUACCUUGGAUCAUUGUAACAUCUGGCUAUGAUGGCCAUGUACGCUACACCGACCUUCGCGACCCAUAUGCACGGAUUGAUAUCAAGACUAUCCUUGGGGCUCCCAUGUCAUCUAUAUGUGUGCCCUGGGCUGAGGGCACAGUUUAUGUCGACAUUGAUUUUGGAGCCAAAAUGGAUCAACUCUAUGUUGAGUCUCGAGGACUUCGAUUAUUUAAUGUCAAGGGCACAAUUUGGGAUUUUUCUUAUUCCGACUACCAACCCUAUUUAGCGGUAGCGGUCUCUGAUGGCCGCGUCAAGAUCUCAAAUCCUGCUUUCAAGGCGCGCCGUGGAUUUGGAAUGGUCCAGAAUUGCGUAUAUCAGCUUCAAGAAGCUGACGUCGGUGAUGAAUCCAAUACAGCUAUCCAAAACAACUGUGAUAGCAUAGACGAUGAAGCCCAUCAAAUACAAGAGAGCUUCUAUGGAGCCAACAUUGCUAUUCAGAGGGUAUUUAGUCUCUUCACACUGUUUCGUUUUUGAUUUUGAUGGCGUCUUAAGGUUUCAUCUAGAAAAUCUACUCUAAUUUUUUUUAUAUUUAUAUACGGUUCAGGUACAAUGGUCACGGUGCUUACAUUCAGCAACAUGGCUGGCAUCGGGCUCGGCUGGAG